GGCAGGUUCAGUGUGUCUCCUCCACCCCCGGGAUGUCAGUGUCUCGUCCCUGGCACAGUUCUUCUCAGAGCAGUGAUGAUGCCGGGUCUGAGCUGGCUCUGUGUCCCUGGAUUGCUGAGCUUUGUGCUGCUGGCUGUGGCCCCGGCACAGGCUCACUUGUAUGGCCCGAAUGAUUUGGUGGUGUCCCUGGCUAACGGAGCUGAUUCCAUCCUGCUGAACUCGUCCAGCGCCUGGUUUGCCCAGUUCUUUGCCAGCUGGUGUGGGCACUGCCAACAUUUCAAGCCGACCUUUCAAGCACUGGCCCAGGAAAUAAAGGACUGGAGACCUGCGGUGUACUUGGCUGUCCUGGACUGCGGAGAUGAGGCCAACUCUAUAGCCUGUAAGCAGUUUGAAAUACAAGGAUUCCCUACCUUGAAGGUAACUGGGUUGGAAGCAGGAAAAUGGCGGUGUUACUUAAACAUCUGUUUGCACCAUAUCUCUGCAGCUCGGGAUCCAAAAGCGAUUAAAAAAAUGAUUAUUGACACAUUGGAAGCGAAGAAGGAGUCUCCGCCCCCUGCAUGUCCACCACUAGAACCAAUCAGCACUGCUGAGGUUGACCAGUUUUUCCAGAACAAUGACGAGGGAUAUCUAGUUUUGAUAUUUGAACUUCCUGAUAUGUACAUGGCAAGAGAGGUUUCUCUGGAUAUGGUGCAGUAUGGCGGUGUCUCAGUCCGGAGGGUACUUAAUGAACAGGAUGAUCUUGUCUCUAGGUUCAAUGUGUCAUCAUUUCCAUCUGGAUUCUUGCUGAGUAGAAAUGGAUCAAUCAGUAGACUCAAGCUGGAGAAGGAGUCUCGAAAAGAAUACACCAGUUUCAUUCGUUCACUGCCAGGGGUGAAUAAACUAAACCUUAAUAUCAUUGGAUGGUCUGGGAUUGAGGAGAAGAAUGUAACAUUGAGACCUGCAAAUAGUUCCAAGAUCUACAUGGCAGACCUCGAGUCUUCUCUCCAUUAUUCCUUGAGGGUGGAAGUUGCUCGCUUCACCACAUUGGAAGGGGAGCGUCUGAAAGCACUUGGUGGCUACAUCAAGAUGUUAUCCAAGUAUUUUCCUGCCCGCCCCAUGCUGCACACUCUUCUGACAACACUCAGCGACUGGCUGUCUACAAAAGAGGGAGAGUCUGUGUCAUAUGAAGACUUUGCAAAUGUUUUAAAUAACCGGAAUAACGAUAAGGAUGCAGUUCUGGUGCCACAUGUGAACUUUGUUUGGUGUCAGGGCUCAAAGUCUGAAUACCGGGGUUUCCCAUGUACAGUCUGGACACUCUUCCACUUACUGACAGUCCAAGCAUUUGAACUGAGAGACACUGAUUCAGAUCCACAGGAAGUUUUGCAGACAAUGCGACAUUAUAUACGCUACUUUUUCGGAUGCAGGGCAUGUGCUAUAGAGUUUGAGAAAAUGGCCAGUGAGUCAAUGUCCACCAUUCGGGAUCAUGAUGAAGCCAUCAGAUGGUUGUGGUCAAGUCAUAAUCGUGUGAAUAAAAGAUUGGCAGGAAAUAAACAAGAAGAUCCACUGUUCCCAAAGAUCCAGUGGCCAUCCAAAGACCUUUGCCCAAAGUGCCGGAGAAAAAUCCUGGAUAAAGAAAUCUGGGAUGGUCCAUACAUUCUCCGUUUCCUGAAACAGAGAUUUUCUGAGAGCAACAUAGCUUAUGAGUAUUUGGAAGAUGAGACGGAGUUAUUGAAAAAGCAGAGAGAAGUGACAAGCACAAAUACCACAAGAGAGAAAAGGGAAACAAAAGAUGUGAUAGAAGAACAGGAGACACCAAGCAGAAAUGAUAAUAUAAUCCCACCUGUUAAAGCUGAAGAGGAAGGAAAGGUUGACACACAUCUAACAACCAAAGCAAAGCAGAUCCCACGUCAUAGGCCGACCAUUAUAAAGAUGAAGUCCCACACAGGUCUGAAAAGAGAUAAAGAGGAGAAGAUCUUGGACUUAGAUGCCUAUGAAAACCAUUAUUUCCAAGGUAGAACUUUGCAGGACUCCAACUCAAAGCUCCAUAAACGUGCUCUCCACCCAAAGAUAUUGCUGGAUCCCAGUGAUGCUGAUUUUAAUGAAGAAGCAGUGAGAGAAAGAUUGCUCAAGAGGGGUAUUGACACACAAUAUCUUAUUGGGGUGAUGGUGAACGAAGGGGAUAGUAACUGGAAGGGACGAUGGGUGAAGAUGCUGGAAGUUGGGUUUUCCCGCUUAGACAUCAGUUUGUGUAUUAUUCUUUAUUUCCUCACCAGCAUGGGUCUCCUUGCCAUGUAUCUGUAUCUCAACGUCAGAUCACGCUUUUUCCGUCAACGGUGCAGAUAUGCUCAACCAUGACUCAAAUACUGUUGUGCAUUAACUAGGGCGACAGACGUGAUGUCUGUCAUGUUACAGAUAGAACUGUAUGUUUUCCAAAGUGACAAAUACCUGUUUUAACCUGUGGAAGUUCUACGCUAGCCUAAGACAAUCAGUAAGACCAAAACUACAUACACUGAAGUUGUACUGUACCGACUGAUGUGUUAACAAAAUAAAAGAAACCCAAAUCAUUUUUAACAAAAUAAAAUAUGUUUCUAUGACAAAGGCAGAUGUGUGGCUCAUGUGAAGAGGGAUCUGAAAUGGGAAAA